AUGGGUUCCAGGGACGGAAUGGAUGUUGAUACAUGGAUGGAUAACAGUCGACAGAAAGAAACUGACAAAGACUCCAGUGAAGUUGACAAGCUUGCACAAGCAUUAGGGGGUUCGGACAUUAGAACGCAUUAUAAGAAAGAUGGCAGAGCUGUGAUCGAGGGACAGGUCAAGUUCCUUCCUAGGGAUACAAAAGUCGAUGGAACAAUUGACCUGGACGAUGGUGUCGGCCGUGUCACAAAGCGUAAAAGUGGUCAUGCAUUCUCGGCCUCUUCUGAUACAGGGGAUGACAAUGAUAAGCGUGCCUCCCGUCGCGAUUCACAUCAUUCGAGCAAGAAAGUCAAAGAGGGACCUGUAGUCGAAGAAGUUCGCUCGCAGGAUUUCGACGCCAGCCUAGUCUCAAAUGUUAAGCCUGAGAUAAGUGAGGCAGGCACUCCCACUCCUAGUGAGUGUGGCGGCCCCGAUAAGCGAAAACUGCCAAGAAGGGGCAUCAACACCGACCAUCGUUGA